AUGGUGAAGGAGCUAAAAAAGAAACAUAACUUGAGUUUGGUUGGGUUGAUUGAGACUAAAAGACAGGUUGUGACAAGAUUUGAUAUUGGGAGGAUUUGGGGGAAUAGUGGGGCGGGAUGGGAAUAUUUAUGCGUCGAAGGUGUUGUGCUGAAAAAUGGAUUCAAUUAUGCCUUUUUCUUGGUCUAUGGUGCACAUAGUAGAGAAGAGAAGAGUCAUGUGUGGGAGGAAUUGAGCUACAUUGCUGGCCUAUGUCAGGUUCCUUCUUGUUUCAUGGGGGAUUUUAAUGAGAUUGUGUCUGUCGAGGAAUGGAAAGGGACUGUUAGUUUACCACUGUCUGCAGAUGAUUUUAGGGGUUGGAUCCAAGACAUGCACCUAGUGGAUUUGCCACUUACUGAUCGCAAGUUUACGUGGUUCCGUGGCCGUUCAUGCAAUCGAAUUGAUAGAGCUAUGGUGAGUGUAGAAUGGCUAAAGGAGUUCCCUGAGACCCGAUUGAGGGGCGGACCACGGGGCAUGUCAGAUCACUCUCCACUCAUUGUGGAAGAUGGAAAGAUGAGGGGAGGGCCGAGGCCUUUUCGAAGUCUUGAUUCAUGGUUUACACAUGAAGGUUUUCUUAGGAUGGUUAAGGAGGAAUGGAGAAGUUUGGGGGAGCUGGGGUUCACAGAUAAGUUGAAGGCGUUAAGGGGCCCCCUGGGGAGAUGGCAUAAGGAGAAUUUUGGUGAUAUGGACAAGAAGAUCUCGAAGUAUGAGGACGAGAUUAAAAAGGUGGAUAAUAUGGUAAGUAAUGGAGUGUAUGAUGGAACUCUCGAGACUAGGAGGAAGGUGUUAGUUACUUGCUGUGAGAGGUGGUAUGUCAGGAAAGAGGUUCAUUGGAAGCAAAUGUCUCGAUCUCGGCAAGCAAAGGAUAUGGACAGGAACACAAGAUACUUCCACCAUAUAGCAUCAGCAAGACGGAGGAAUAAUCGGAUUGAUACUCUGAUAGUCAAUGGCAGACUGGUAAGGAAUCAAGCUAGGAUCAAGUUAGCGAUUAAGGAGUUCUAUAAAGAUCUGUAUCAUCAGGAGAGAUCUCUAGUAGAAAGGAUAGAUGAGGAAGAGUCUGCAACCUUGGAGGCGCUGCCAUCAGCUGAGGAAAUAAGAGAGGCAGUGUGGGAUUGUGAGUCAUCGAAGGCGCCAGGCUGUGAUGGGUACAAUAUGAACUUCAUAAAGAGGUGCUGGGAUGAGAUUGUGGUUGAAUUUACGGCAGCAGUGAUGAAGUUCUUUUAG